AUGGAGGUGGACGGGGACCUGGUGUUCUACAGCGUGAUAGCGGCGGUGCUGCUGGCGGGCGUCGUCGUCUACGUCUGCUUCUUCUACGACAGCCCCGAGGACGAGGCGGCGGCGAUGGCGCUCAGGAUCGUCGACCACGCCACGCUCCCACGGCGGCAGCGGCGACAUGGCCAGGAUCAAGAGUCGCUGGAUUGCACGGUGUGCAUGGGGAAGAUGGAGGAGGAGGGCGAGGCCUGCUGCGUGCUGCCGGCGUGUGGCCACGAGUUCCACAGGGAUUGCAUGGCCAAGUGGAUCCAGACCAGCAGGAGGAUUACCUGCCCUGUUUGCAGGACCUUUGUCUGGCAUCCAGACCCCGUCGUCGCCAGCAUGGUCUAG